CGAUCAUUGAUGAGUAAUCAUCCCCCGAAGGCGAUAGAACUUGUGCUCGACGGUGUCGGCGACGAGCGAUAGUGGUGUGCGUGUGUGCAAGUGUGCGAGAGUGAGUGAAUACUAAUAUGGUGACGACAAUCAAGAUCACCUGCGACGGAGUGUUUAUCCAGUCCAAUUCCUAUCUGGCGAACGGUGGAGUCGGAGGACAUCUCCACAGCCGACAACAGUCGACAUCUUCCGAACCGGGUGGCCACUCGUCGUCCGGUAGCAAUAGUAGUUCACUGUCCAAGGGAAGGGGAUUCGGUGGUCCGGGAAGUGAUCACGGCAGUACUUCUAGUAGCGGGGGUGGAGGCAGUGGUGGUGAACACGAAGAUCAUCAAAUGAAUCGAGAAUUCAUCAACGGCGGGAAGGAUCGCGUCGAUAGGGACGGAAACAAUAAUCGCGGUUUGGACCCCAGGGCGGUUCUCAGCGAUAGUAACAAUAACUUCCAGAAGAUCGCGAGAAGACGAUACCAAUCGGAAGAGGUGCUCUCUCGGUUGCAAAAGUUCAGUGGAAGUUCAGAUGGAUCCGAUACGGUGGAUGCCACCGGUUCCGUCUAUUACAACAGUAGUGCCGAAUCGGAUGAUCAGUUCACGAUCUCGUUUUUGAACACUCGUGCCCAGAACGGCAAAAGUUUGUUAAAUCAAAAGUUCAUAGUGUACAAUAGCAAGAAACCAAAACCUUCCAGUAUCCUAACGCAAAGCGGUUACCACCAUCCGAGUCAGUACCGACAGUUUCUGAACGGAAGGCUCAAGCCGGCCUUUUCAACGUCAGUUCUAACCUCCCCAUCGCUGAUCGCAGCUAGUGCCCCCGGGGGUAGUCCGGAUCGUCCGGCCACCGCAACGCCACCUCCCGGCCUGGCCAUUGCCAAAUCGACUUCGUACCUGCAGCGGACGGUAUCGCCGGCUCCGUCCUCCUCGGUGCUAUCGCUGUCACCAUCCAGUGGAUUCGCUUCGGCUUCACCGACGCCUUCGCCGGGAUCGCUUCCCACGACGGUAACAGCAUCGGCAAGCUCCAACUCAUCAUCGAAUCUUGAUGUCGAUGUGAGGAGCGAGACGCGAAUUGAUCGCAGAGGCAUCGGAAGCCCGCAACAGCAGCAACAGCAAUCUCUCUACCAGCACCACCUAUACCAAAACACACUAUCGCGUCGGAAUUCCACCGGAAGCAGUGCGCUGAACGGCGGAAUGAACAGCCAUACGGCGGCCAUCAAUCUGCAAUCGUCCGGUCAAACAGCAGUCGUUGGUCAUCAUCGAGGUUUCUCGUCAACCGUCGUUGCCGCAGCCAAUUCGGCCGCUUCGGGGGAUUGUCCAUGGUUCAUGCCGCAUCAGAUGCCCCCAACGGCACCGGCGCGGCAACACAAACGACCCGCGCCACAACCCGGUGUAGGAGGUGUCCCCGGGGGUGGCGGCGGUGGCAUGGGACACGUCGUGGGGAUGCAACCGCCACAGUUCAUUAAUCCACCGCCGGCACCACAGCAGCAGAGCCAGCAACCGCCGCAGCACUCGCCCCAGCAACACCAACAGAUGGCGCCACCGCAAUUACCUCCUCACAGUGUUACUAGUAAUCAAAAUCUCAAUUCCAUCCACCUGCCACCGGCUCAGCAGCAGCAGCAGCAACAUCACCAACAACCACCACCAACAAUGCAUUCCGGCGGAAUGGUUCCUCCGGGGCACCACAUACCAAAAUCGCCCAACCAGCACGGCAUGCUGGGGCCUUCCGGUCUACAGCAAGCGGCCCAACAUCACCAGCCAACGGCCCAGCACGGUGCACUGGGUAGCCAUCAAUCGAAUCUCAUGUCCACCUCGAUGAACAGUGCCCAGCUACAGAAUCACAUCCUUACCAGUCAGCAGCAACAGCCGGCGUCCGCGGGGCAGGGUGCAGGCGUUGUUAUUCCUCCGCAGCAGCAACAGCAGCCGCCACAGGUGCCACCGGCCCCGCACGGGAUGUCCAACUCGAUGCACGGCCAAAUUGGAUUGCCCCCGCCACCGUCAGCCAUUGGCGGAGCGUUCGACAGUAAUGGAGUGAGUUGGGUCGGUGCGGGUGGUGUGCCAACGUCGUCCCUUUCGCCUACUGCUGCCGCGGCCGCCCAGAGGAGGGCCGAAGUCAAUGCCAAACUGAAUGCGAUGCCAUGGUUCCACGGACGGAUAAAGCGCGAGGAGGCGGAAAAUCUGUUGAAGCCCCGCGAGGACGGGCUAUUCCUGGUGCGUGAAUCUACCAACUUCCCCGGCGAUUACACGCUGUGUGUCUGCUUCAACGAGAAGGUCGAACACUACCGAAUUAAGUACGCCGAGAACAAGCUAACGAUCGAUGACGACGAGUACUUUGACAAUCUCGGCCAACUGGUGGAGCACUACACUUUGGACUCGGACGGACUGUGCACCAAGCUGAUGAAGGCCCUACCGAAGGAGGAAUUCUGCGUCAAGGACUUCCAGGACAAUGGGUGGGAGAUCAAGAUGGAGGACCUGCAGCUGAAGGAGAACAUCGGCAAAGGCGAGUUUGGUGACGUGAUGCUCGGCAUCCUGAAGGGGGAGAAGGUUGCCGUGAAAGUAUUGAAGGAUGCCGGUCGGGCGUCUAAUAAGUUCCUUGCCGAGGCUGGCGUGAUGACAACCCUCGAACACGAAAAUCUGGUCAAAUUCAUCGGACUGGUGUUUCACGACAAAUACAUCUAUCUGGUGACGGAAUACAUGAGCAAAGGUUCUCUGGUGGAUUACCUUCGAUCGCGGGGUAGGCAGCACAUUACCCGACGAGAUCAAAUCAAUUUCGCUUUUGACACCUGCUCCGGGAUGGAGUACCUGGAGAUGAAGAAGGUCAUCCAUCGGGAUUUGGCCGCCCGGAAUGUGCUCAUUUCGGAAGAGUGCGUCGCCAAGGUGUCCGAUUUCGGACUGGCGCGGGACGAACGGUACACGGCUGAUAUAAGCAAGCUACCGAUCAAGUGGACCGCUCCGGAGGCGCUCAAAGAGGGGAAAUUCUCCAACAAAACCGACAUGUGGAGCUUUGGAAUCCUAUUGUGGGAGAUCUACUCGUUCGGUCGAGUACCAUACCCGAGAAUCCCCCUAGCGGACGUGGUCAAGCACGUCGGCAGCGGCUACAAGAUGGAAGCCCCCGAAGGCUGCCCGCCGGAGAUCUACGAGAUGAUGCGCCAGGCGUGGGACCUGGUCCCGGAGAAGCGGCCCACCUUUGCCGAGCUGAAACGACGACUCGCCGUCUGCAAGCGGGAAACGGCCAACAGUUACGUGGCGUAGAAUGGCUAAACUACCUGCCCUGGAGUGAAUCCUAAACAAGCCGUUUCUUCAUCCAAAAUCACGCCUGCGUAAGUAGAAGUACUAAUUCCCUAUGCAACUAGUGGACGACACAGGAAGAACACAAAUGCCAUUUAAGUAGGUAUGCAAUUUCUGGUAGCCUCUGAUAAUACCCAAAAAGCGAUUGUAGGAAAGUAAGGAGUAAGGUUCAAGGAUCAAGAGAUAGCUUUGGAAGAAGUUGUACAGAUGAUGCUAGUGGGUUAUUUCUUGAAUUGAUCGUUCGUCCACAUUGACUACAGUCUCGCGUGUUUGUUUUUGGUACAACUAGCAUUUACGUUCUAUGCUGUGGAGGGACCCACAUUUUGUUAUUCACUUAGUGCUAGGAAACAAAAGUUCACAAUGUACAUAGUAAACAGCACAAGUCGUCUAAUCAGUUAAUAGGCACGAUUCGAAAAAAAAGGAAGGAGACCUAUAGUGAUUAAGCAUUAAUUUAUUAGCGCUGAUUGGAAUUAAGAGAUCAAGUGUUCCAAUAGGUAGGUGGCAUCCAUAGUUUGUGUUUUCCUUGAAGAGUGUGGAUGAACGAUUUCCCUGUUUUCUUUCUGGAAUUAGUAUAUGUUUUAAGUUACAGCAAAAUGCAGCCAGUCACUACAAUGUAGAAUAUGUUUUACUGUGAAGUGUGUAAUAGAAUCAGACUUUUGGUUCGAGGGAAGAAUGCGUUUUCCUUUCUGUUUCGGGAACGGACAAUAACUACAUAGGGUUUAUUAUUUAUUUCACACAAAAAUGGGAAAUUGUUGGCACAAACGUAAUGGGUUCGGGACAAUCAAUGCACUCGAAAAAUCUAAGCGUCCGCAUUAGAGUAGUUUGCAUUUUAUGACACAAUUACAAAGACACAGCUUCCAUAUCUAUAAUGCAUUUGUUGGAGUCUUUUGCUUCAUCGAUAUUACAACACUAUUAGCAAGCUUUGGAUUUCGUGUCAUCUUUCCAUUUGUUCUUUAAAGGUAAGAG